AUGAGAAUCAAAACGUUGGCAGAGUCAAAGCACCUUCUUCGCUCCAAGUCGCUAUGCAUAGACUUCAUUCUGCAUCCUCCCUCGAAGAAGCAUUACAGCACCAAUUUGAAUUCCCCCGUGUGGCGCUGUUUAAGAGGCCCUCGUAGCAUCGACAGAGGUAGGUGCAUCUACACAAGUACUGAACUAAAUUCACAAAAUGGAUCUAUACCCAACGUGUUCGAAGAAGAAUUGAGUAACGUGUUUAAUGAGUACCCACUAUCGACUCAAAGGAAUAGGCAGAUUGGUGAUGAGGAAAUAAUUAUAACAAAUGAGGACAGGGAUGAACUAAAGAAAAUCGGAAAUGUCGUGAAGUUAGAUCAGUCCUCCUAUGGGGUGGUACUCCAAAUUAAUAAACACAGUGUAGUGCUGGGUAGGGUGAAGAAUGGCACCUUGCAGGACAGCGAAGCGGAGGUAGAGGAACAUCCCACCCAACUUGUAUUCAAACAGAGGGACGAAAAAAAUGUAUACACUCCUUUCGAGUACCUUAAUUACCUCCUAUCAAAGGAACCAAACAAUCAGCUAAAUAUAUUUAGGGAUAGGGUGAAGGAGACCUACCAUCAGAGGGUAGCCAUCAAGCAGCUGUACACCAAUUUACUACUCAUAGAUCUAUUUAGCAAAAUAAAUUACGGACAGAAGGUCUGCAUCUCUGGAGAGAAGGACGCAGGAAGGAGAGAAGUUAUCCAAUCUAUCCUGUAUGAAAAUUUGUUAGCAAACUUAAUUCACAAAAAUGAGCAUUUUUUUAUCAUUUGUUCGAAUGGCGCCAAGUCGGAGAUGCUGGAUCUGUUCCGCGACCUGCACAAAUGGUUAGCCCUCGCGUGUGCGGGGGAGGGGAAAAGCCAUUUGGCGGGAGGCUUGGCGGGAGGCUUGGCUGGCGGUUUGGCCGGCGGUUUGGAUGGCAGCUUACCGGGCAGCUUGCCGGGCGAGCGUGCGGACGACUUACCAGACACCCUUCCGCACGCCCACGAGCUGUACUCCAAGAACUACUCGCUCGAUGGGGUCAAGCUGCCGAACGACGUGUUGCUGAUAUGCACCCCGCCCCAAGGUGGGUCCAAGGUAGCUACCUACAUCUCGCCACUCCUCCCCCUGUAUAAUUUGGAGGAGUACAAAAGGAAGUACAAAAAUAUUGUGCUCAUAUUUUACGACGUGACGACGUACAGUGAAGUCUGUUCUGAACUGCAAAAGGAAAUGGGGACCUUUGUGAGAAAUUACGGACAGCAAAUAGGGAAAAGCUUCGAAGGAAGAUCCUCUACGAGUGUACCGAUAAUCCCGGGAGGGGCGAUACCCCCACCGGUAGCUCUACCACUGUCUGUGCAAACCAUCCUUUCGAAAUACAUGGCAGUGUCCAAGUAUCCCCACUCUGUGGAAGAAGCAACGGGGGAAGACUCCCCAGGAGCAGAGCCCAUACAAACUGAGUACACUAAUAAUGCGAGUGAGGAGACCCCUUCUGGGAAGAGCCACAGGAGUAGGUUUUUACAUUUUUAUUUGUCCAAUGAGCAGUAUUUGUCCCUCCUGCGCGAUGCGUAUUAUCAGCAGCUCCCUUCGUUUAGUAACGUGGAGAAUGCCCGCGUUUUUAUGCGCAAAAUGGACGUCGCUUUGCGCUGCCUGCGUCCUCCCUUCCGCUACGUUCCCUAG